AUGGUGGAUGAGAUUAAUGUGUUGAAAAAGAUCUUUUUUUGUCAAAUUGUGAAAAGCACAUCUGUUGGUGAAUACCAUGCACAUGCAUACUUGUCCUCCCUGCAGAGGUUAGCUGGUGCAACGCUGCUGGUGUUUGCCAACAAACAGGAUUUACCAGGAGCGUUGUCCAAAGAAGCCAUCAAAGAGGCCCUGGCCCUGGAUGAGAUCAAGAACCAUCACUGGUGCAUCAUGGGUUGCAGUGCAAUCACAGGAGAAAACUUGCUAGCUGGAAUAGACUGGAUGCUGGAUGAUAUUGCUGCGAGGAUAUUCACCGCCGACUGAGUGCUUUUGAUCGCUGGCCAAGCCCUCUGGUUCAGAAAACUGACAAACUGUAGAGGACCGGUUA